ACAAGAAAUGUCUUGUUAAUCUCAGUUGUCAUAACUUCAGGAAAUUCUUUGGUUUGGCCCCCCAGUUUGCAUGGACCGUAAAGGGCAUCAACAAUAAACUUUUAGAGAAACUGUUCGUACUGAAGAAUCAUCGUGAAGCUCUCUUCUUUGGCCUGACAAAAUCCAAGACUCCCGACGGAAAGAUGUGUUAUAACAUCAGCCACACUACACUGAAUACACGGUGUGACUAGUGUCUCACUGUGUGGUACUCACCAUAGCCUAACACAACCCAACCAGGUAACAUUAAGGUGUAUAUGUACUUAUAUAAUUAUCAGGUGCUUUGCUGGAAGACUGAUUGUAAUACAGUGGUCCCUUGGUUAACGAACACAAUUCGUUCCACAGAGUCGUUCGUUAACCGAAUCUAUUAUUUCAAUGGGAUAUUGGGUAAUUGGUUCCAGCUCACAGAAAAGUACAUACAAA